CAGGCAGAGCGCAAAUUUUGGGAGCGAUCUGCUUCGCAGCUGGUGUGUUCUGGGUGUUAGGCUCCCUAUGGUGGCUUUUUACUGCACUUCCUGUAAUGUCAGGGGAAUAUUACCGUAUUAAAUGUAGUAAGUGCUCCCUACCAUAAAACACCGAGUGCCAAAACCAGAUAAAAGAAAUGCAUACUGUGUAUGACUCUUUUGCUUGUCACCUAGAAUCUUCUGGAGCUGAUCCGUAUUGGCAGCAGCCAUGCAAGUAAUUCUGUUGCUUAGGAAACUGAACUGUUGUUGCCUAAUUUGACCACAGGAUGUCAUUCUUACACAUUGCACCUUUAAGUAAAACUUUACAAUCUGCCCCAACGAAUGAAGGGACAAACUUAAACCAUCUUUUGUUUCCAGUUGUGUUUUCAAUAGUUUAAUCCUGUCAUCACUUUGCUCCAGGUUGCUGACAACAAUCCGCUUAAUUGACUGUGAUGUAACAGCUACAAAUAAAAGAGGAAGCUCCUCUGAAAGAGCCUUUUCCCCAUGCAGAGCCUCCAAAAACUGGUUGUGACUUGUAAUGCACCAUUGAUGUUGGUGAGAGAGGGAGGGACAGAGAGGGAGAGAUAACACAGUAAACACUCAGCUCCUAUGACAGAGCCGUUCCGCUUCAUCAUCUUCAUCAUCAUCAUGCAGUGAGCGCACGGUGAGAGGAGCCUGGAGGAGUCGCACCACCACCAGCCGGGUUGUGAUCAGCUGUGGAGUUUGCGCAGCAGUGAUGUUCCUCAUCUGUUAGCUACGUGUGGAAACGGACACACACACACAGAGGGAGAGAAGGAGAGAGAGGAACCGGGGGGCAGAAACGCACCGGUUUGUUGUUGCUGACGCCGCGUCCACUGGACUGACAUCGCAUGGGGACAUGAACAGUGUGGAUCCAGCCUCUAACAAACUGUUGACUUUCAAUCAGCGCUCUGCCUCAGAGGACCUGGGCUGCAGGCGUGGAGACUUCAGCAGGAAACACUAUGGGUCGGUCGAGCUGCUGAUCUCCAGUGAUGCAGAUGGGGCCAUUCAUCGGGCGGGACGCUUCAGGGUGGAGAAUGGCUCAUUAGAUGAGACUUCAGAAUACACUCCGGGGACAUGGAGGAGAACGGAUGUCCAUCUGGAAAACCCAGAGUACCACACCAGAUGGUACUUUAAAUACUUCUUGGGAAAAGUCCACCAGAAUUAUGUGGGUACGGAUGCAGAGAAAAGCCCUUUCUUCCUGUCAGUUGUGCUCUCGGACCAAAACAACCAGCGGGUCCCUCAGUACAGAGCAAUCCUCUGGAGAAGGACGGGCACGUUGAAGAUCAGCCUUCCCUACAGCCCAACAAAAACACUGUCAGUUAAGUCCAUCUUAAGUGCAAUGAACAUGGACCGGUUUGAGAAAGGCCCCAGGGAGAUCCUCAACCCAGACAUUCAGAAGGACCUGCUGGUGUUAGAGGAGCAGGAGGGUUCUGUCAACUUUAAAUUCGGUGUGCUGUUUGCUAAAGAUGGGCAGCUCACAGAUGACGAGAUGUUCAGCAACGAGACGGGGAGUGAGAGCUUUGACAAGUUUCUGAAACUGCUGGGUGACACCAUCACGCUGCAGGGAUGGGCGGGAUAUCGCGGAGGGCUUGACACAAAGAAUGACACUACAGGAAUCCAAUCCAUCUACACCGUGUAUCAAGGGCAUGAGCUCAUGUUUCACGUGUCUACCAUGUUACCGUACUCUAAAGACAACAAACAGCAGGUGGAGAGGAAACGGCACAUUGGGAAUGACAUCGUUACCAUAGUGUUUCAGGAAGGGGACGAUGCGUCGUCAUCCUUCAAACCAUCCAUGAUCCGAUCCCAUUUCACCCAUAUUUUUGCAUUAGUUAAGUAUAAUAGCCAGAAUGACAGUUACAGGUUAAAGAUUUUCUCCGAGGAGAGCGUCCCCCUCUUUGGACCCCCUCUCCCGUCUCCGCCGGUGUUUACUGACCACCAUGAAUUCAGGGACUUUUUAUUAGUCAAAUUAAUUAAUGGAGAAAAAGCCACGCUGGAGACGCCAACCUUUGCCCAGAAGCGCCAGCGAACCCUUGACAUGUUGAUCCGCUCGCUUUGCCAGGACCUUACACCCGACCUGCACAAGGUUCCUUUUUCUCCCCAGAACAUGUUGAAUCGACGGUCGUUCAGCGACGUGCUGCCCGAGUCUCCAAAGUCAGCGCGAAAGAAAGAGGAGGCCCGGCAGGCUGAAUUUGUCAGAAUAGGACAGGCUCUGAAGCUGAAGACCAUCGUGAGAGGGGAUGCACCAACUAGCCUCGUUACCACAGGCCUGUGCAGAAAAGAGCCAUGGGAGUCCCAGUCGUUCUGCAGCACGUUUCCCUACGAGAUUGUGUGCUCCGACUCGUGGGGUCAGUCUCUGCUGGUCGCCAUCGACACAGCUGGGGUCAUGCUGCUGGAUGGUCCUGAUCCAGCUUUGUCCAGUGGUGACACACAGACCCUUGCUCCAGUGCAGGUGUUUGACAAAACCAUCACCGUGAAGCAGAUGCACAUUUUGGAGCCUCAGGACCUUCUGAUCACCCGCGCUGACAAAGGAAAGGAUGCUCGGCUUUACGUGUUCAGGCUCAGCGUGAUCAAAAAAGACCUGGAGGAAAGGCAGCUCGUCAGAGGCAAGUGUGACUGCAGGGAGAACAAACUGGAGAAAACUAAAGGUUGCCAUUUAUACUCUAUCAACACUCACCACGGCUCCGAGCUGAGAAUAGUAGCAGCCAUCAGGACCAAACUCCUCCUAAUUACCAGAAAACAUCCUCGUUUCAGCGCCGUCGCCACGGGAGCCGACUCCCCAGUGGAGGAGUUUCAGUACAUUCGGGAGAUCUGCCUGUGUGAUCCGCCCGUGGUGAUGGCGCUGGUGGACGGCCCGACGGGGGAAAAUGACAACAUGAUCUGCGUGGCCUACAAACAUCAGUUUGACCUGAUCAACGAGAGCACCGGGGACGCGUAUCGGCUACAUCACGUAGAUGCCAACAGGGUAAACUUCGUAGCAGCCAUCGAUGUGUAUGAAGAUGGUGAAGCAGGUCUGCUGUUGUGUUACAACUAUAUUUGUUACUAUAAGAAAGUUUGUCCGUUUAACGGCUCCACGCCGAUGAUCCAGUCCAACACCUCUGAUUUCCACUUCAGCUGGAACCAGAUGCCCAAUGCUAUUGUUUGUGCGUUCCCCUACAUUCUGGCCUUCACGACAGACUCGAUUGAGAUCCGACUGGUGGUCAACGGAAACCUUGUCUACACAGCUGUGGUCCCAGAGCUACAACUGGCUGCUUCUAGGUUGGACAUUUAUUUUGUCUCGACGGCGCCGGUGAGCUCAGCCUCCAACUGCAGUUCGAGAGACACCAGCUCUCAGAGUUCCCCUCAGACACCCACUGGCUAUGAGAUGCCUGUGUUUCCCUCACCGCUCGGUGACGAUUCUAUACGGAUCCCCUAUGGUACCAAGCUUUCCCAGUACAUGUCUAAGGACACUGAAGGUGAGGUGACAUGUAAGCACAUCUUUAAGAUUCCUCUGUGUAACCUGGUGGGCCGCAGCAUCGAAAGACCCCUGAAGUCCCCUCUGGUUAAUAAGGUGUUGGCAGCACCGCCUCCCACCAUGAUGGCCCAGACCCCGCUGAUCUCCGCCACGCACUCGCUGUCAUUGUCCCGCAUGGAGAUCAAAGAGAUAGCCAGCCGCACACGCAAGGAGCUGCUCGGCUUGACGGAGGAGCCGAGCGGGAAAUCCAACAGUGGGUCAGUCAAACAGAGAAAGAUGAGCAAGAAGAACACGGACGAGGAGCCCAAAGCUCGACCGCUGACGUCCACAAACAGUGACAGGUUGGCCUCGGAGUCCGUGGAAGCAGAGCUGGACGUCCAGCUGCACUGUCCCGAAGCCGAACCGGAGACGCUGCAGGCAGAGAGUCCUCCUCUCGCCAGUGCAUUCCCACUCUCCACCUCCUUCGAAGACGAUGUCCUGGACCUAAAAUGAAGACAAUCCCUGUUGUGCAUUUCACUGCUCGCCCACUCCUGCGCCGUCACUCUCAUUUCAUUGUUUAGUUUUCAUUUCUCUGCUGUUGCUUUUUAUUUCAACCCCUUUCUGAGAUUCCGACAUCCUGAGAUUUUUCCAUUCACUUGGACAGGAUCGCCAUCGGGGUGCGGUGGAAGUUACGUCCGUGUGCAUGUUUGUUGUCGUGAGCCGUCCCUCAGCUGCUGUUUGCUGGGUGUUUGUGUAGCCCUGCAGCAAACAACCCAAAGAGGCUGUAAGGUUGUUGCGUAUUUGGACAUCUGCAGUAGCUACGAGUGAUUGGUUUGGCCCCCAAACCACAAACUGAACGUAAAUCUGUGCACCGAGGUACCACACAGGUCUGCUGGUCCACAGCUCCCUCUGAUCUAGCUAAAUAUGUGUUGUAAAUUAUGCGUUGUAUUUGAUUUCUGAUCCGCUUCCAAAUGUUGUAUGAUAUGCAUAAGUGUGUGUGUACAUCUGUUUAUACAUGAAGCUGCAUUUGGUGACAGGCUUGAAUCUGUCCACUCUGUGAUGCAUAUUUAUAGAUAUAAUAUAAAAAUCCAUUUUCUUUCAUCCUUUAGUAAAAGAUUGAUGUUCGAUGCUCUCUUCACAUUUCAGUCGUCAGGCCUAUCCUUAUUCACCACCAGACAGGUUGACAGGGCAGGAGGCAACGUAUCCCACAAGUGCCAGCAUUUCCCAGCAUCCUCCAUUGAACUACCAUUUUUAAAACAUCCCAUAGUCUUGACAUUAGCAGCCAUGAUUGUAGUUCUCAGAAGUUUAGAGGGGUCCAGUCAACUCCAGUCAAGUUGGUAGAGUUAAAUUCCUAGAGGCACUCUCUUCAAGCCACAUUCCUGUGACAUUAUUAAGCAAGCAUGGGCUCUUCCACUUACCCGGGGUCGGGUCGUGGGAGCAGCAGCCCAAACUUCCCUCUCCACAGCCACUUCUGGGGAAAUCCCAGCAGAAAAUGCACAUGUGCUUUAUCUGCUGGUAUGCUGUCCCUGGGGUUAGGGUAAGAGUUCGGGUGCAGGGUAAGAUUACAGCUACAUCAGUCUGACAUUCCCGGUCCUGUCAGACUGGCAUAUUCUGUAAUAUGGGUAUGCCAAUCUGACAAGGUAUGGUGCUUCGACAGAACGCCGGCUCCAGACACACACAUGUUGCUGAGGUAAGAAAACUGACCAACAGCUCUGCCAACCAACGAAAGACAGGCUGCAGUCACAGUCAACAGGUCCGUCACCUAAACGUUUCCCUACAAGAACAAAACCAGACU